AGAUUUCCAUUAGAAGCAGCAAAACAAUGUCUAACAGACCCUCUCGUCGUCGUGAUGAUGAUAACCACAAAGCCGAUAGGCAGCAGCUGGCUCGGGCUGAGCAGGUUGAUCCCUUCGGUGUCGGCACGAUUGAUAGGAUGUUCCGCGAACACGAACAGGCAAUGGACAACAUGAUGGAGGGAAUAGAAAGAGACAUGUCUCUUGCCACUCAAGCCGCCGCCGGUGAUGACCUCAUCGGAGGAAUGCUCCCUACAGGUCAGCAUCCACAACAAGGGCAGUACUCGAGUCAGGUCUAUGUGUCCUCUAGUCGUCGUGGCCCCGAUGGCAAGACCGUCACGGAGCAGUAUCAAAGCUCGACUGUGGGAGAUGCCGAUAGGAAGCUACGAGAGCAGCAGGAGUUGUAUGCCAACUCGGGUACUGGUAUUGAUAAGAUGGCCUUGGAGAGGACCAUGGGCGAACAAGGCCGCAGAGUCGUCCGUAGCCGUAACCGCAACACUGGUGACCAAAACACCCAAGACAUGCUCAAGGGUGGGCUCACUGAAGAGAACGCUGCCGAGUUCGACCAACGUUGGCAAGAGGAUGCCGUGCCUCACCUGCCUCCUCAUGGAGCACCUGGGAUGCCUGCCUUGGGUGGUGCUCAUUAUAGCGGCAUCGAAGAUGCUGGUGAUAGGCAGUCAAGGAGAAGAAGCCACGAGCAGCGACAGCUGACUGGCAUCUAAACACCCCUUAUUUCAAGAUUAUCAUAAACCCUAUCUAGAAUGGGCUGUAUAGUCCACCCUUAGAGUGUGCUGCUUUUUUCAACCAUUGGAGCUAUAUGAACUAUGAUCACUCCUCCAUAGUGUCGAGUAGAUGACAAACACCCCUGAUAUAAGCUAUCAUUUUGA